UAUCGCCUGCAACCAGAGUUGUCCCCACACUGUAUCGCACCCGGAUAGCAUAGUAGCGUUUUAUUCGUUUGAUUGAGGGGGACUCACCAACCUGUUAAAUGUUAGUAAAUGUUGGGAUUUUUUGUUUAGAUAAAUGUUAGUAACAUCACUCCUUCUUCAGGAGACAAGCGAAAAGUUUUAACCUUCAUCUGAUAUAUAACAUCAUCUUCCUGUGACAUUACGUCACUGAUACAACGAUCAAAUGAGCCGGAACGGUUUUCUUCGAGUUUUCGCCCUCAUCGCCUUCACGGCUGUUGUGGUGGUCCUCACCCUACAGAUGCGACCCCACGUCGUCAAUUACAUCACCACAGGGCCGGGGUCGUAUUUUGACAGUCGAGGUCAAGAUAUGCAAGAGUUCGGAUCAGGUCCCCUGGCUUUUGUACGUAAAAAUGGUUAUGUAAACACACUGGUGGGGCUAAACCUGGAUAACCUAACCUUGGAUGAGUUGGUAUUGACGAUCCACAGUUAUCCAGAUAACAUUGAGACUAUAUGUGAGAGAAAGGUGCGUAUGGGUAAAAUCGGCGACGGGGGGUGGGAGAUUUGUGACGACCCGGACGUUCGCCCCACGGCGCCCUGCAUCAUCUACUCAUACGGGAUCCACUACGACUUCUCGUUUGACGACGACGCGGCAAAGGUCUACGGGUGUCACGUGUACUCGUUUGACCCCAGCAUGGACAAGAUGGCCGAUCAGGUCAACAGGUCGGAUUUCGUCCACUUCUACAAGGUCGGCCUGAGCGGUCAGACGCAGGUUUUACCCAAACACAACUGGAAGCUCUACACCCACGGGGACCUCAGGAAAAUGAUCGGGCACCAGGACCAGACCAUCGACGUCAUCAAGAUGGACAUCGAGGCCCACGAGUGGAACGCGAUUCCAGAGAUGGCGGCCACUGGUCAGUUGACCCAGGUCAAACAGUUCCUGGUUGAGUUCCAUGUCUCGCAGCUGACUCGGGAGUACCUGGUCCCCAAGCUGAAAGCCAUGCAGGACUUGGAACUAGCAGGGUUCAAGCGCUUUUAUUCACAUAAAAAUUACGCAUGUGGCGGUACAAUACCGGGUUUUCCCACAACACGGACACGGUGCUAUGAGCUACAUUACAUACGGAGGUAGAAUUCCCGGAAAA